AUGAAUCCUCUCGUAAAGAACCUCACGAAACAACUUACUUGCUCGAUUUGUCUCGAUACCUAUACCGAGCCCAAAACUAUAUCAUGUCUUCACACAUUUUGCUGUGAGUGUUUAGAGAGACAUGCAAGAGUGAGCCAGAGACAAGGGAAAUUCAGAUGCCCCGAGUGUCAGGCAGAAAUCGAUUUACCACAAGGAAAUCGCUUUGACCGUUUGCCUAACAGCUUUUUUCACAAAAGUCUGUUAGGUGUCCUUGAAGCGGAAGAUCGUGAAGCCAUUCCGAGGGAACAACAGGACACUUGCUCGCAACAUACGGAAGAAAGAGUACGAUAUUACUGCUCCUCGUGUAAGGUGUGUAUUUGUCCGAUUUGCGUCACCGAAGACCACCGAGGCCAUGCGUUUGAUGUGCUUGAAAAAGCAGUGCAAGAGGAGAAGAAAAACAUCGUGUCGACUGUCCAGACCAUCAAGGAAAAGGCAAACUUGUUUCGAGCAGAGUUAAGAAAAUUAGAGGAAACAUCAGAGGAUGUGGAAAUGAUUAUCGCGAUCGCAAAACAAGAAGUGUCGGAGGCAACUGAACACGUGAUCACAAAGACGCGACAACAAGAAAAACAGCUUUUAGAGUCCUUAGAAGUGAUUCGUAGGAAAAGACUAGAGCGAGUUAACUCGGCUAAACAAGAACUGGAAUCUCUGGUAAAAAUGCUCCAAGGAGCUGAAUUUGCGGAGGAUCUGGUGCAAAGAGGAUCAACUGUGGAUAUCAUACAAAACAAAAACAAAUUGAGACAGAAACUUGAAGAGCUUCGUGGAGUUGAAGUUCCAAAACAUCGCCAGGCUACAUUUGUCAAAUUUACCGCCGCAUCGCAACACAACUUUAAACUGGGCUCUAUUCAAGUCUCUGAGAAGCCGGUUAUCGCAGCUAAAUCAACUUUAGAAGGAUUAGAUCAAACUUUUCAGGUCGGUGAAGAAGGAAAGUUUACUUUGUGCCCACGGACAUCCGAAGGAGAGAUGAGUGACUACGCUGACCUCAAAGAUCAAGUCGAAUUGCUGAUAACACCUGCCAAAGAUGUUACAAACGUGACUGUUAAUGAGAAAUAUGACGGAAAUUUUGGGCUAGAAUUUACUCCCAAAGUACCUGGGGCCUACAGCAUUGAAGUAAAGAUUAAUGGAGAUAAACUACCGACCUGUCCCACGAUUGUGCAGGUUAAAGAACGUGAACUUGUUGUGGUUGGUGAGUUGAAGUUAAAGCUCUUUCCAGGGGACAAACUUGAACGUUUAUAUGGAGUUGCUGUGAAUACAGAUGGCCAGAUAGUUGUGACAGAUAACCGUGGUAAAUGUGUAUAUGUUUUUGAUAAAGAUGGCAACUGUAUGAGAAAAAUUGGAAGCAAGCGUAGCUAUACAGGACAGUUUCAGUUUCCCAAUGGCAUUUCGUUUUUAAAUAACAACGAAGUCCUUAUUGCAGACUCGAGCAAUUGCAGAAUACAACGACUUAAUAUUCAGACAGAAGCUAUAGUGGCGAGUCUAGGAAGAAAAGGUAGAGAAAAAGGAGAGUUUGGCAUGCCUAUAAACGUUACUGUGGAUGAUAAAGAACGCAUUGUUGUAACUGAGUGGGACAAUCAUAGGAUACAGGUGAUGUCAAAGGAGGGAGAGUCUAUUUUCACAUUCGGCGACGACGGCCCAGAGAAACUCCAUUAUCCAAGUUGCUGCCUUCCAUACAAAAACGUGUUUCUCGUGACUGAUGCAGGCAACCACUGCAUAAAAGCUUUUGAUCAGUCAGGAAUAUUCCUAUACAAGUUUGGCAAAAGAGGGUAUCAAGAUGGACAAUUUAAAACGCCGAAUGGUUUGCUUGUAGACAGCUCUAAUAAUCUUCUAGUAUGUGACUCUGGCAAUAAUCGAGUUCAACAGUUUUCUUUAGACGGCCGCUUCACCGGCAAAAGUAUCACUCGUUUAUCAGACCCCACUUCGAUAACAAAAGCACCAGACGGAGGUAUUCUUGUUACUAGCUUUGAUGAGAAAAAAGUGUACAUUUUGAAAUAGACUUUUUCAAAAGUGAACUUUACUUCUUGAGCCGCUCCUUA